AUGGCGGCCUCCGGGGAGGAGACAGCGUUAUUUUCCAACUUCGAAGCAGGGCUUUUGCACGUAAAAUGUAAAACGAAUUAGUUCAGAAACUGAUUUUAAUUUCAUUUUGAUCAUGAUGGAUGACAUUUCGGUCAGGAAGCGGCAUCUAGAAGACAAACUAGCACAGGAAAAAAAUAUCCUGGCCUUUCUAAAAGAAAGCUUGGAAAAGACUGAUCAAAUUACUGGAAACAUGCUGGACAUCUUGUCCAAAUUUGAAGUACGCAUACACAAGCUGGAGGACACCAUUGUUCCUGUGCACAGAGAAACGGAUGACUUGCAGAGAAGACAAGCUAACAUUGAUAAAUCUUUAGCGGCUUUGGAUCAUGUGAUCAGUUACCACCAUGUUUAUGCCAGCGUUGAGCAUGUCAUUAGAGAUGCCCCUUCUGGCCAACUUGAUGCAUACAUCAAGAAUUUGGAGAGAGUGUUGGAUGCAAUUGACUUUUUUAAUCAGAACAAUCCAAACUGUUUAGAGCUCUCAAACCUGUCUUCCUUGCGUGACUAUGGACGUGACUCACUAGGGAAAGAAUUCCGUCUCCUGCUGAACAGGCACAGCAAACCUGUUCCCGUGGAGAUGAUCUUGGCACUGAUUGAGACUCAACAAGACACCCCAAAGGAAAAUGUCAAGCUGGAACAUUUAUCAGAAAGAGUUUUGGAAGACUUAUGCACCAUAACCCAUUGGUUGAAUGGACCUGGUAAAGAUGAUUCUACGGAAUUUAUGAGUGUCUAUGCACAAAUUCGAUCUAACUCCCUUUUGAGGUCACUUCAGGGGUUAAAAGAUUCUUUUGGUGGAAAGGUAAAAUCUACCCAAGGUGGUGUGAACACACCUACAAGAAGAGGAACUAAAAAGAGAGAGUUGCGCCGAGUUCCCUCCAAGUCAGAACAUCAUGGCUAUUCUCGUCGGACCUCAGCAAUUCCAACAGAUGUUGGUGCCGCCAAAGAGGAAGAAGAGGAAAUUGAUGGUGCAAAUUACAUUGUGUUCUGUAAAUCUCUGCUCAAGCUCAUACAGAGUGAACGAGAGCUGAUGAAGAGCAUUAUCCCAGAGCAAAGCCAGAACACUAUUUUUGACAUGCUCAUUCAAGCUGCUAUGGAUGACUUCAUAUCUGAAGGAGAGUCUAUAAUAAACAUUCUGAAGCGUCAUUUCAACAAACACAACUACUCCGCCAUUCAGCAGGUGUUUCCAAUUCUCAAGGCGUUCAAUGCCAUUCAACCUGAUUUCUAUGUCACACUACAGGAAACAUUUCACAGGACUCGGGGGCAGUUCCCUAUACUCAUUAACGCUAUGGAGUUAACGUCUGCCAAGGCUCUGGAUGAUUUCGCUGAUGGGAUAAAGCACGGUCCUGACAAGCAUUCCAACAUGCCAAGCGAUGGAACAGUUCACGAGCUGACCAGAAACACACUUAUUUUCAUGGAGCAACUCCUACCCUACACUGAAACAGUUGGAAGCAUGUUAGUCACCAUGCAAGAGGAGCAGAGUGGAAAUUUCUUUACAAGAGAAACAGAACUCUUUACAAAAGUUGUUGCUGAGUACGUCCAACGAGUGCUUGGAGCCUUGGGUCUGAAUCUUGAGCUCAAGGCCAGAGUGUAUGAGGCGCCAACUCUUUGUUCUCUGUUCUUGUUGAACAACUACAAUUACAUAGUCAAGGCUCUACAACGGUUAGGUCUUCUUGCUCUUCUUCAAGAAGGAGGAAUCUCUGGAGUCGAAAAACAGUACCAGCAACUGAUUGAUGAACAGAAGACCACAUAUCAGAAAUGCUGGGGAAAAGUACUCAACUUCUUAUUGGAGAUGGAGAAGCCAAUGUCAGGGCAUAGAGUUAACGAACCUCAAACAAAGCUGAAAGAUAAGCAAAGGCAAAUGAUAAAAGACAAAUUCAAGGGUUUUAACACAGAAUUGGAAGAGCUGCAUCAGAUUCAGAAGACAUACGCAGUCCCAGAUACUCAACUUAGAGAUCAGCUAAGAAAUGAAAAUAUAGACCUCAUUCUACCACUCUACACCACCUUCAGAGACAAAUAUUCAAGUUUGCCAUUUACGAAAAAUCCCGAAAAAUACAUCAGAUACACAGUGGAGGAAGUGGAAGCCAUGCUGAAAUCUUUCUUUGACGUCUCGGCUUGAUGAUUAUGAAUUUGUUUAGUUUGUUUGUAUUUUUUUUUUCUAUUCAGAUCCACUAUAUAGAGAAACAAAUAUCCCUCUAUUUGGUAAACGUCGAUUUUUCAAGAUGUAAUGACAUUUUUGUUGUUGAAAAUCGACGACCGAGGUGAUAGUGCCCACAGUAGAUCACAUGCAGCGUAACAUUGGCAACGGGCACUAAACCCAUUCACGCCAAAAUUCUGAAAUGGCACGGAAAUUUCCUUAGAAUAAAGUCAUCGAAAAAUUCAAAA